AUCAGAUUCAUCACCAUGUUGGUCAGUCAGCUCCUCCUGCCCGUCUAUACCUUCACCUUCCUAUUUGGGCUUCCCGCCAACAUCCUUGCCUUCUGCACCUUCUGCCGCAAGGUUCACCGCAAACCAACUCCCAUCGACAUCCUCCUGCUGAACCUCACCAUCUCCGACCUCAUCUUUCUCACCUUCCUGCCCUUCAAGAUGAAGGAGGCACACGAUGACAUGAUUUGGACGAUGCCCGAAGACUUGUGCCCCCUCAGCAGCUUCAUGUUCUUUUCUACCAUUUAUAUCAGCACCCUUUUUUUGACGGGUGUCGGAUUUGAGCGGUACCUGGGCGUCGCUUUUCCGAUCCAAUACUCCGUGUACCGCCGGCCACGCUACGCCGUGAUCUCGAGUGUGGUCUUCUGGCUUGUGGGUGGUCUGAACCUCAGCAUUGUUUACAUCGUGCCAUUUUUACCCUCGAAUAGCAGCAGUGUGAACGGCAGUGUGCUGCAACCCUCGGAGAAGAUAUGCUACAACAACUUCACUCAAGAGCAGCUAAAUAUCCUGCUCCCGGUCCGUCUGGAGCUUUUCCUGGUUCUCUUCUGCAUUCCUUUUCUAAUCUGUGGUUUCUGCUACAUCAACUUCAUUAAAAUCCUCUCCCGGCUGCCCCACAUCAGUCGGCGGCGUAGGCUGAGGGCCAUCGGACUGGCCCUGGGGACCCUAGUGGUGUUUGCUGUCUGUUUCGGACCAUACAACGCCUCACACGUGGUCGGUUUUGUCCGAGCGGAAAGCGAGGAUUGGCGAGACCUGGCUUUGAUUUUUAGCACUCUGAACGCCUGCCUGGACCCCGUCAUCUUUUACUUUUCGUCGGCAACGGUGCGGAGUGCGAUCAGCGGCUUCGUGAAAGGAAUCAGGGAGAAGGUUCAUGUACUGAAGUGCAAAACCAUUCAGAGUUGUAGCUGAAAACAGUUGUGGCUCUGUCAGCUGGGUGUUCCUUGAGUUCAUUCAUUCAUUCAUUCAAUCAUUUCCAGUUACAGCUUGAUCAGGGCUGCAUCGGACCCAAAGCAGAUGGUCAGUGACAGGGCUUAUAGGUUUCCUAUUGGGUUGAUAAAUGGGGUACAAGCGGGGGCAAAGUGUGAGCAAUUGAUGGACUACAAUUAGUAAUUGUUUACGCACAAAGUUCAUUUGUAUGGUAGGUGUAGCCUUUAAAAUAAAGAAUGUACGCCCCAGCUAGGUGUGCAUAGUUCAUGUAACGAUUCUGUGUCCUAAAAACGUCCAGCAGACUGAAUGUACUCGACCUUUUGAAAGACUUUGGCACUGAGCAGCCUUUAAACAUGUGACCUCAAACACUUGUUUUGCAAAUAUGGAGAAGUUUACGCAAUGUUUCUGACUGCUGUAAUAAGCGUGAUUACACGUGUUAUCACACAGAUGAUGUUUACUCAAAGCAAAUUGAUUGCAAAAAUGUUUUUACUGUCUACUCAUAACAUACAGUAUGAACCUAUGUUUACUCUGAUUAAUAAAAAGCUGUCAAUGGUGAUACCCAACUACUCACUGUUCAUUUUAUCAGCUCCACUUACCAUAUAGAAGCACUUUGUAGUUCUACAAUUACUGACUGUAGUCCAUCUGUUUCUUU